UUCUCCAGUUUUAAGCCACAUCAUACAAUACCGUUCAAAUGUUUGGGGUCACUUAGAAAUGUCCUUAUUUUUGAAAGAAAAGCAGUUUUUUGUCAAUGAAAAUAACAUUAAAUGAAUCAGUAAUCCAGUCUAGACAUUCUUAAUGUGAUAAAUGACUAUUCUAGCUGGAAAUUUUUAAUGGAAUAUCUCCAUAGGGGUCCAGCAACCAUUACUCCUGUGUUCUAAUGCUACAUUGUGUUAGCUAAUUGUGUUGAAAGGCUCAUUGAUGAUUAGAAAACUCUUGUGCAAUUAUGUUAACACAUGGAUAAAAGUGUGAGUUUUCACUAGUGGUCUACAGUGUACAUUGUUAAAUUAUUUGCCUGCUACCUGAAUGACCAUCUCAGCCAGAGUAGGCAGCUGUUCAUCAUUCCCACUCCCUUAUAUGUAGCAGCACCCAGGGUUCUGUCUUUAGUUGCCUCUAACCAGGCUGCCUCUUGGUUACAUUUAUAGAAACCACAAUAUCUCAAGGGUUUUCUCAGUUAAUGCACCCAGACUCUGGAACAGUCUCUUGUUCCACCAUAAAUCAUGUCCACAGAAAAUAUCAAACAAAAUAAUUUUUUUUUCUUUUUUUUCUGUUGCUUUUAGUUCUUCCUGUCCUAAUAAUGUCCACUCUCAGAUUCUUUUUCACAUGGAAGCCGUGUCCGCCUGUCGUCGCUGAAACAAUGAUGCUGCUGUCUGGAUGAAGUCGGGCGUCGUCCUGCUGUGAAAAGCCGGAUGACGCCUGCAGGUCAGCGGUCGCUUCAGGUAUGUGGACUGAAAACGGAGCAGAAACCUCCAAAUGCAUCAGACCCAGAGCCGGACGCACCCAUCAUCAGAGCUUCACCCAAACCCUGACGCAGAUCCACAUCCAGCUCAAUCAUGACUAAGCGUCUUCAGAGUGUCUUCAUCCUGCUGAAUGUCCUCGUGCUGCUGCUGAUUCCUGCAGGUGCAGAGGAGGAUGGACUCGACACAGAGGAAAGGCAGAAACGUGACGUCCCAAACUGGGCGAUGACUGCCUCCGACUUCUUCGGCUGGGUGGAGGAGCUCAGGAAACACGCCGGCUACGAUCAAAUCAAUGACUUGGCCAGAACCUUCUGGGCCCAUUUCCCCUCCGCAGACCGACUUGGAUAUGGAACCCAUGAACCAGACGAAUAGAAUCACAAACAGAUCAAUGCGGCUGCUCUGUGGUCAGUUCAGAUCUUCACCUUUAGGAAUUAAAGAAAUGGUGAUAAUAUUCUAACUGCGCCAGAACAACUCACAUUUGGAAUUUUUGACAGACGCCUGACUCACAUGUUUAAAGGACAGUGCAGCUGCAGAUGGGUUUUAGCUAAAAUUGUUUUAAUAUUAAUGUUUGUAUAGUCUGGUAAUCUAGCUAAAACAGGUGAUGUGAAAAACAACAAGGCUCACAGCCCACAGAACAUUAUGUGCUACAUGUUGCAAUAUUCUAUGUAAGAAAAAAGUGGACCUUCUAGGUGAUUUAAGUGUCUGUAUGAGCUUUUUCAUUUAGCCUUUUUUGUCAGUGUUUUGGUGAAUUCUUGCACCUAAACCACAGAAUAAAAGAAUAAAUUCACAUGAACACA